CUUUCCAGUCAGCAGCUGAGAAAAAGAAAAAGGAGACCGAGGGCCGAGGGAAAAACGGGCCACAAAUAGUAUGUUUGCCGUAACCACGAGAAAUUGUAGCUGUGCAAACCAUAUGUGACUUUCUGUAAAUUAACAAUCUAAUCGGAUUUUUAACAGUGAUUCUUCCAAUUAUAUAAGGUUUUUUGACAAUGUUCGGUGGAUGAUAAUCUAGAUCGCGCAAGUUGUGAUUGGAUGCCGUGGACGUGUUAUUACGUGCAAAUCGCAUGCAAAGGCGUGUCCGCAUUCAACACUGUGCAAAUGCCUAUGGUAUUACACGAACUGCAUCAGAUGCUGUGAUCGCCUGGAGGAUUUUAAGAACUUAGAGCGAAGAAAUCUUGAUUAAAUAUCUCGAUUGGCUCCUUUCUUAAGAAGGAAGAACUUUAUCACUCUCGUUUAUGUUGAUCAAGCAAUGUCUAAUAUGACAAAAGAGGAUAACGACUCCACUACCCUUCCCACAGAUGUCAACCGAGCCAACGAUUGCUCCACAGACGAUGGGGAAGAUGCUGAGGAGAAGGCUAGGCUAAUAUGUCAGGUCCUGGAACUACAGAAUACUCUAGAUGACCUCUCUCUCCGAGUAGACAAAGUGAAAGAAGAAAACUUGAAGCUCAAAUCCGAGAACCAGGUCCUAGGCCAGUACAUCGAGAACCUCAUGUCAGCCUCCAGCAUGUUCCAGUCAACAUCGCCCAAAAACAAGAAGAAGUCAGGGGGCAAAGGCAAGAAGUCGGACAAGUGAGAUAGUCUGCUGCCCUCUCAAGUUAACAUCUCAUUCUCAUCAGAUAAUAGGGUGUCUGACCUGUGUGCAAUGGCUUACUUGGGACAAGUACAUGUUUCAUGACUAAGGUGUUCUUCAUUUGUGUGAUAUCAUUCAUGUAGGUACAGAGUGAGAAUGUGUUGCAUAUUAUAACUGCAGUAUAAUUCUCUUUUUCACUGAUUUCUUUGUCGUUUAUGCUCUUACAUGUAACGUCUCCCUUUAAAAAAAGGGACAACAUGUGUUGACUUUAAAAGAAAUGUGAUUCUUCCUUUUUCUGAAAUUUCUUUAUCCGUAUUAUGUAUGUUGUAUGCAAAUGUGAAAGUUUACUUCAAAAUGUGGGGAAUUACUUUAUGGCCUUGAUGUAUUCUUCUGGAUUUAAAGAUUCUUUGUAGAUACACUCUUUAUUGUAAUUCAAGGAACUCUAGUAAUUCUUUUUGAUCGUUUAAUGAUCUUGAUGGUGUGUGUCUCUGUAAUUUAGUACUGGCAAUUAAUCCUCAAGAAUUGAUGAAAAUCCCUGAUAUAGACCACAUUACUUCAGGAGAUUAAUUUGGAUUUACAAACUCAGUAUAACUCAGUAUAACUUUAAUUUGCCAUCCUCUGAAGAAUUUCUGGUUCUAACAAUCUUUUUAUUGAACUUGCUGCUACAUGUGAGUUGGGAAGGAUACACAGUCAAACCUGUCUAAUAAGGCCACCCCAUUGAAACAGUAAAAGUGGCCACAGUGUAAACAUAGGUGGCCUUCCUAGACAGGUUCUACAACAAACGUUUUGUUCUCAAGGGAGACAAAGUGCAUGGCCUCUGUAGACAGGUGGCCUUUAUAGACAGGUGGCCACUAAGACAGGUUUGACUGUUCAUCUGGUGUACGUACAUGCAAGAGCUUCUUGCAUUAUAUAGCUUAUAACAAUAUUUGGGAACAUGAUUUUAAAAAAAAAUAGUUUUGUUAAUGAAAACAUAGACAUAUUUAAUGAAAGAUAUAUUUUAUAGAACAAUCUAGUCACUAUAACAGCCCAAAUUUAGAAAAUAUUUGAUGACGUCUUUGAAUGAAGAUGUACUUUAAAACAAAAAUAAUAUGAUAUACAGCAUGGGAGGUGAUCGUGAUGAAAUAAUUCAUUUUGGCUACAGACUUUAAGUUAAGUUUGGUCUGUUGUGCUGCAAAUUAGGAUAGUAAUUGCGCAAAAAAUAUAAAGAUCCAGUUCUUUUCAUAUAGCCAUGAUAAAUGACUUCCCCUUUGAAUUUCUUCUUAAUGUACAAGUUGCCACUUUAGAAAUGUCUGCCAACCAUUUUGUCUAAAUUCUAUGCAUGAGUUCUCACUAGUUCAUUUGAAUGAAAAUGGAAAUUAUGAAUUAUUGCAUUUUUCUAGAAAUGUCACUUAAUCUUUCUGUGUCUUCAUUUUACAAUGACUGUUGAUUGUACUAUACAUGUAGCUUGUAAAUAUCAGUAGCAAGGAACCAGUGUUUGAUAUUUGGGUAUUCAUUGCCAUGAAAUUAAAUUACGAUAUUAGACUACAUGUAGAUGCAUAUAUGUGUGAAUGAUCCGGCAAAUAUCGUGCUCUGCCUCUUUAUAAUUAUAAUUUUUUUGAUUUGUGUAUAAAAAAUAUGUAACAAUAAACAUUUGAAGAUUGUGUUUAAAGAAAGAUGGGAAUAUAAUGUACAUUACAUGUUAUUACAUGUUGGUUCCAAGAAAGUAACCUCGGCCAAAACAUUAAAAUGACUAGAAGAAUUUGAUGAGUUUUAAAUGUGUAUCUCAAGGUAUUUGAAGCUGUUUUGCAAAACUGUACAGGAAUAUGUGAAAACAAAUGCACCCAAGUUACUAUUCAUUCAUCAUUUAAACCAUGAACUAUUGUCAAUUGUACAAUAUUGUAAGAGGCUUACAGUGUACAUGUGUGCAGGCUACUAAAGUGUGCUAAAACACUGUAUACAGUCAAACUAGCAGAAGUUGAAUCAACUGGGACCAAAUAAUUAAACUGGAAAUGACAAGAUUUGUUUUUAAUUAUUCGGAACUACACUUCUUUGGCCUUUUAGGCAGAAUCAAUUUUUUUUUACCUCUUCUGUGUUUUUCAUUGUUUCAAUGGGUCCCCAUUAAAAAAAUGGAAAAAUAAUAUCUAAAGAAUACAUGUAGUUGUAAAAUAAAGUUUAUAAAUCUGCUUUUAUAGAAAUGGAAAAGGAAAAUUAUGAUGUUCUUUGGAGCAUUGAUGUUUUGGUUUUUUGCCUUUUGCAAAAUGGACUUGUGUGAAUUAAGGUGUCAAAUAGAGGAAAAGCAAAUUGUCAAGUUGUAUUUAAUAUCUUCUGAAUUAUUGUUUCAUUUUUGGUGCAUUUACCUUAUGGAUUCAAUGGCAUAAGUUAUAUUUUCAGCAAUAAGUGUAUACUGAGUAAUAUUUGAAUAAAUGAGUAGAAAAAUACUACAAGACGAAAAAUAGAACUGCAGAUAUUUCUAGUAUGAUAGCUUUUUUGAGAAGUAUCCUUCACCCAUCUAUAUAAUCUUUCAUUUUCUCAUUAGUAUACAUCCAUCUUUACCAUUAAUUUUGGUGUUUUCCCAGUGGUAGAUAAAUAGAUAUCGCAUACAAAGUGUACUAGUAGUUGAUCUGUAUAAAGGGAUAAGUGAUUAGCAAAACAAUUUUCUUUUAAACACAUUCUCUUGCAAUAGAACUGCAUAGCAGGUACUACAAAACAUGAUAAUUAAAUGUAGGAGUAUUUAAUCUUACAGGCUAACAUAACCAGUUGCUAUAAGCUUUUUAUCUUGCCAUGUUACCAGUUAUGCAUUACUUAAAUGACUGAUAUAUUCUGUACUUACCAAUACACUGUUGUACGACAGAUUAACACUUUAUAAAUUUAGGAAAUAACAGUUUUAUAUAAUAUGCUCAGAGAAACAGUUUCAUGGACGCAACCAGGAAUAGGUAAAAAGGAUGACUAAAAACAGAAUUAAUUUAUAAGUAAGUCAAAUGGAUUGUCUAUUGAAUUUUUUUGUUGCUGAUGAAUUAUGCAUCGUAAAUAUGAAUAUGUAAAAGAAUGUGUUUCGUAAAGCCUGCCUCAUGUUCAAAAUAAUGUAUUAGAAAUGAAUGUAUACAAACUAUAUGUUUGUAAAGAAGCUGUUACAAUUUUUUUUCUAACUAGCUGUAUUGUAUUGGCUCUGUUUGGUUGUAACUUGUAAGAUUUUCCAUUGUCUAAUGUGAUAUAAUGAUUCAUUGCUUGAUUCAAAGUGAAAACAGUCAAUUUAUUGGAACAUAUUCGACCAAACCAAGGGAUGUGCAGUGAUGAUAAUUUCAGAAAGUUGCACUUUAUUUAUAACAUGAAAUGGGUACUUAAAGCCCCACUGCACUACUUAUAGCUACUUGCGACCUCUAUAUAGCAAACAAUGCCUAAGUGGUGACCAUGCCCUUUUUCUGAUGUUAAUUGAGAGCCGAUUUAAUGAGAUAACCACCUGUUGUUGACCAUGCAGGGAGGUCUAAUCCCUCCCGGCCAAACUAGUGCAGAUAGGCUUUAAGGUACUUACUUAAUAUUCAUAAAUUUCUUUAUGAGGUGACAAUCUUGAUUCCUAGUAUUUUUAAAUUACCUUGGCCAAAGCAUAGCUGUCUGUAAAAAUUUUUUUGACAAAGCCACUGGAAUUGAUGUAUAACGGAUACACAUUUACAACACCUGGGUCAUUUUUCAGGAGAGGCAAUGAUAGAUGAAAUGCCUUAUCCGAGGACAGAACUAUAUAUGGCAAGGAUUCAAACUCACAUGCCCAUAUUCUACUCAAAUUUAACCCGCUCUGGGCUUAAGGUCUUGUUCAAAAUGGGUUUUAUCAAAAAAAGUUAAGUCUGGGGUCUAAAUUUCCUUUGUCAAACUUGACCCUAGACCCAGGGUCAGAUUUAACUGAAUUAGUAGAAUACAGACCACAAUGUUUUUAUUGAAAUGAACCACUAUGCCAUAGAGCAUCCUUUCAACGCUUUUUAAAUGCAGUUGGGUGGUAGCUGAUUCUAAGUGGAUGGGUCUAACGAAAACGGCUCGGUUUCUCUCAAACUGCACUUUCCUUCAUGACCAUUUAGGGUUUUUUUUUUAAAGGAGGAAGGCUGCUAGCCUCCCCCACCCAAGUUAAUUAUUUACCAUUACUGCUUCACUUUUAUAGACAUAUUGAUAUUGACAAUGGUUAAAAAUCUGAUAAACAGCAAUUUUGGCAAGGGCCUGCAAUCAGUGAUGUUCUCUUUUCAUUGUGAUUAUCUUGUAUCUUAGAAUUGAUGAUUUAUUUCAAAAGCUGAAUUUUGAUUUUUCAUCACAAAAGCUGUAUCUAUAAUUAUGUAAAUAGUGUAAAUGAAUGCUUUAAAUGUGGAGCAACACUUAUUUAUAUGUGAAUAUUACUUUUUAUAUGUUAGUAUGGCAAAUGGUUUUACGUGUAAACUUAAAUUACUCAAUUUUGUAUUAAUCUUGUUGUGACUGACAUUCCUUCUUACGUUAUUGUUUUUAUUCCUGAAGAUUAUGUUGUGUGUUAAAUAGUGCUGCAGUCGCAGUCCUUAUGUUGUUUAAUUACAGUGAAUAGUGUAGGAGCUCUGCCACUUUGUUAUUAUUGGGUCAUAUUUCAACUUGAAGUUAUUAAUUACCCUUAUUACAUUCAGCAUGGCAAAGAUUGAUCAUGUAUGAACUCAGAGAUUGCUCUUGUGUGAAAGAGGACUAGUUUAAGAUUCCUGGAGACCCCAAACAAUGUAAAGGGACCAAAUUAUGCUUUGUCUUUGAUAUUUUAAACAAUGCGGACCGUGAAACAAAAAACAAACACCUAAUUUCACUACAAGGGGCUGACUAGCUUAUUGCAAUUCCUGAAAUCUUCAAUGAACAUUGCGUUUUUAUUAACCCAUACAGGAAAUGGAUGGUUCAUUUAUAAAGCCGAGAGGAAUGGAAGAAUACAAUACAGAUAGAGUAAAUGCCUAAUUGUUUGUAUACCACCAGACACUUUUAUACAAGGAGAAAGACUUUGAAGGAAACAUGAAAAGUGGUCAUUAUAGGCAGUUGGUCUUUACGCACAGGCUCCUUUAGUACAUGUUUCAGUGAGAACUGAUUUUCAAGGGAAAUGCAAAAUGUGGUCUUCAUAGACUGAUGGUUUUCUAUACAGGUGGUUGUUAAAGCAGGUAUGACUGUGAGAUCAUUUUCAGGAUCAUGUUCUAGUACCGUAGUUAUUUAUGUACACUGUGAAAUGCAAUCGUAUAGCGUAAAUUGAAUUAUGAUUUUUCUAUGUUUAUUUGUGGUGCUAUUAGACCCAAGUAAUCUCACUUGGAUUAUGAAAUGAGUUUCUUUUGCUCAAACCUUACUACCACUUUUCUUGUUCUUACAUUUAACUAGACAUGAUUAUAUUGUUGUACCUAGGUGACUAUUCAUUUUAAAAUGAAAUAAUGCAAGUUCAUUUUCCUUUGCUGAAACUGUUAUGUGUAUUGAAAUCAGAGGAAUACAUUUUAUUCCAAGCUGCUUGUGCAUUAGUUUAUUUUGCUAUGCUCGAAUUGACAGGUUUUAGUACCGUAAGUAAAGAUGUUUUUAUUUAGUUUGAGUUAUUAUUAUUAUAUAAUGGUUUGUGUUUUGAGAUUUUACCAGAAAUUAUAUGCUUGUAAAAAUAUAGCCGUGUCCAAUCUUUACAUCAUUACUUUAUGUGGUUGUUUUCCUCCACAGUUUACUGAAGGGUUAAUAAUAUUUGAAGUAAAAAUCCUGAGUACCUGUUUUCUUAUUGACAAAUAAUCAAUAUUGUAAAUUAGUAUUCAAAGGGUAAAAUAAAUCAUGAUUUUUGCGUAUUUCUUAAAUGUAAUGGGAUUUUUUUUUCUUCAAAAGUGCCGGUUUAGGUUCUACCCAUGAGGUUGAUACCUUUUCAAGAUUGGAAACCUGAGCAAUAAAAAAUGACAUGAUAAAUUCUUAACUCAGCAUUUAAAGGAUACACAAACUAAGAAGUCUUGAAGAAAACUGUUGUAACUUUGUCCCAAAUGUUGACAUUUCUUCACACCGCUUUUCAAACUGAAAACUAAUCCGGUCUCCUCUGUAUUCAUAUGUAGACAUUUAUAGGUGUUCAAUGUGUAGCGAAGUAAGCUAAGAGUCUAAUAGAUAUAUUGUAUUUCAUUGACAUAGAUAAUAACUUAAGAAAUUUAUAUAGUCUGCUGUACUUGUGUGGGCUUGCAAGGUAGAUAAAACAGAAAUGAAUAAAAUCGGAUUUGCCUAUAUCUUAA